AAUACUGUCAAUGGCACUGACUGAAGGUCGACAAAUUCAAUUUUCAAAUAAUAACGACGAAAUACCGGGUUCGGUGCAUUACUGAUGUUGAUUACGAUUUGUAAUAUAAAUAAAUAAAAGAAAUAUGCAUGUGUAUAAGUGAAGUGGAUUUUGGUUCAGUUAAUUUACAAUGGAGCCUUCAAAAGAAGCGAUAGCGGUUCGCAUCACGCGGUUAAACCGUCUGAUUCUGGGAAAGGUGACAGGUGGGACUACGAGGUUCAGUAAAAAGACAAUAGAUCGCGAAGCCCUAUUGGAUGCCCUCACAGUUCUCUACGAUGAGUGUAAUGAUGACCCAGUCAAGAAGAGUGAUGACUUGGUUAAAGCCUUUUUGGACAAGUAUCGGAGUACAUUGGCAGAACUGCGAAGAACUCGAGUAUGCAUAUCAGACUUUGAUAUGCUGCAGACUAUUGGACGAGGACACUUUGGAGAGGUUCAUAUGGUCCGAGAGAAGCAAACAGGAGAUGUGUAUGCUAUGAAGACACUCCGCAAGGAACAAUCUCGUAAGCGGGCUGAUGAGGAACGAGACGUGCUUGCGACAGCCACUGGACCAUGGCUACCAAAGCUGCAGUAUGCUUUUCAAGACAGUAGCAACCUGUACUUAGUGAUGGAGCUGUGUUGUGGCGGCGACCUGGCGGGGCUGAUGGCGCGGCGAGCGCACCCGCUGCCCGAGCGAGACGCCGCCUUCUACAUCGCGGAGGUCGCGCACGCACUCAAAGCUCUGCACGGCAUGGGAUACGUGCACAGAGAUGUCAAACCACACAACAUACUGCUUGAUAGAUGUGGUCAUGUAAAGCUGGGCGACUUCGGUUCAUCAGCGCGUCUGUCCGAGGGGGGGUGUUCAGGCGUGGCGGUGGGCACGGCGGACUACAUGGCGCCGGAGCUGCUGGCGGCGGCGGACUGCGCGGCCCAUACUGUGUGUCAACAGUACUGCGCCAGGCUCGUUACCACUGCCAUUUCAUCGUGUGACUACUGGUCGCUCGGCGUGAUCGCGUUCGAGCUGGUCACGUUGCGGCGCCCGUUCUCCACGGGAGAGGAAGACUCCAUUGCGGAAAUACUUAGCAAUAUACAAAAAUACGAGCGCGACUCGAGUCCGUCUCUCCCCUGGGCCCCUGCGCCGGCGGGCCCCAGCCGCGAGUGGCGGGGCCUGGUGGCGGGGCUGCUGCGGGUCCUGCCGGCCAAGCGGUACUCCUACCUCGACACGCUGCAGCACGCCGCGCUGGCACACAUGCCCGCGCACAACAUCAGGGACCAGGCGCCCCCGUGGGUGCCGUGCGUGCGUGGCGCGGAGGACUCGUCGUACUUCAGCGCGCCGGCGCGCGGCCCGCAGCCCCCCAGUGCUGCGCCCUUCAGAACUCGACCACCCUUCGCGGGACAACUGCCUUUUGUCGGGUACUCGUUCGUGGCUCCCGAGGAGAACGAAGAUCAUAGCGGCGGGUUCAACGCGUCCCAUGACUGUACAGCCAUCGAUCUCGCUACGUUCAAAUCAGCAGAGAAGCUUGCGGCGAUGCGUAGUCGUGAGAUCUCGUCGUUGCAGACGAAGCUGGCGGAGGCCGAGGCACUGGCUGGGGCCAACGCCGAGCGCAUCCGACACGAGGCCGAGGCGGAGGCCGAGAGGCAACGCGUGCGGCUGCAGGCCGAGAUCACUGCGCUCAGCUUACAGAACAAACGCCUGGAGCGGCAGGUGGAGGUGGAGCGCGAGGAGCGCAUGUCCCUGCAGCGCUCCAACCAAACUCUAGCGGCCGCCAACACCGAGCGCGGCAACGCAGAGCUGCGCAGCGCGCGGGACGCCGCGGCCGCGCUGCAGGCCGAGCGGGACCUGCUGCAUCAGCAGCUGCAGCGGCUGGAGGCGCGCGUGCUGCAGCUGCAGGCGGACUGCCAGCGCAGCGCAGCUGACGCCGACGCUGCUAGGGCGCAGCAACAACACUACAAGGAGAUAGUUGCGCAGGCGCAUGAACUGCGUCACCGCAGGCUCACGGAGCUCAACGUGCGCCCUCUAGACUCGAUAGCGAAAGAGCGAGCAAUUCGUCGCCAGACAUUGAGCGGUGGUGAGGCGGAGUCUCGUGAGGCGGCGGCACGUAUCGCCACCGCCGAGGCUAAUGCUGCCAAGGAACUGCGCGCCAGGCAGGCCAUGGAGGCCAAGCUGGAGAAAAUGGAACAUGAGAACAGAGAACUCAAGGAUGCACUCGACGAGGCCAACAGGAACCUCGCUGAUACACAGGACCGUCUAUGUGAGAAGCAACGUAUGGCCUGUACAUCCUCGGAGCAGUUGCAGGAGCUACAAGUACAGCUCGCACAGGAACGAGUGCGGGCCUCCACGCUACUCGCGCAAGUACAGGAGUUGGAGCGCGGCGUGGAGGAGUCGGUCCGUCGCGAGGCGGCCGUGGAGGAGCAGUGCGCGCGCACCGAGGCCAGGCUCACGGAGCGACUGCGGGACGCCGAGGGACGCGCCGCCGCCGCGCUGCAUGACGACGCCCGCCAUCGGGAGAAGGUGAACACCCUGGAGCAGUUAGUGAGACAGCUCGAAAGGGAAGUGAGUGCGUUAGAGAAGAGGUCCUGUGUGACGUGCGCGGCCGCGGCGUCGGGCUCGCAGGACGGGGAGGCCGGGCACCACGCACCCGGCCACACGAGCGACGCCAGGAAGGACGCGCACAGCGACACCGAGAGCGUCGGGGACGCACAGGCUCAGGCACAACUCUCAUUGCUCAAGGAACAACUGGAAAAGGCCGAAGCACAAUUACAGGCGCGUGCCGAAGAAAUAGCAACUUUACGCCAAGAGGCGAGAGCUGCUAAUCUAGCGAGAUGGAGAAAGGAACGCGAGUACAACGAAUUAUCAGUAGAAACGAAAUCGACGGCGCGCGACUUAAAGCGCGCGGAGGAACGUUUGGCUAACGCCAUCGAGGCACGUAAGACCGCGGAGCAGAAAGCCGGCGAGAUCGCCACCGAGCUCGCCAAACUGCGGCCUGAACACGAGCUCGCCACCAAGGAGGCGGAGCGACUGAAGAUACAACUCGAGAAGCUUACAAAGACACAUGAAGUGGUACAGGCUGAAGUAGACAGGUCCCGCAACGACAUCCGCAAGUUGAAGAGCGAGCUACAGUACAGCGAGCGACGCAGGCUACACGCCGAGGAACAGGAGGAACUCUCCUCUCGCGAGCGCGCGCAGCUCAGGGACGAACUGCAGGGACUCCGGGGACAUAACGAGGAGCUCGCACAGAACAACAAAGCGCUGCAGGAGGCGUGUGGCAUGCUAGAGGAGCAAUUGACGGACCUAGAGAAGUUAGCUGAUAUACACGAAAUCAAGAACAAAGAUCUCGAGACGCAGCUGUCGAGCGUGCGGCUGGAGCUGGAGUCGUGCCGGUCGCGGUUGGGCGCGGCGGAGGCGGCGGCCAGCGAGCGCGGCGCCGCGGCCGACCGCGCCGCCUCGCUGCACUGCGAGGCCCGCGACCAGGCGCGCACCGCGCACUCCGAGCUGCAGCUGCUCAGGGAGCGGCUGGAGGCGCGCGAGACGCGCGUGGCGGAGCUGGAGGCGCGCGCGGCGGCGCUGGAGUCGGGGCGCGCGGCCGCCGACGCCGCGCUGGCCGCCGCCGCGCGCCGCGUGCGCGACCUGCAGGAGGAGUGCGCCGCGCUGCGCACGCGCGCGCACCACCACCACGCGCACGCGCUGCAGCUGCAGGCCACGCUGCACGACGUGCAGGAGGAGCUGGCGGCGGCGCGCGAGGCUGCGGAGGCGGCCGAGGCGUGGUGGCGCACCAGGGAGACCAAGGCAGACGCCACGCUGCGCCAGCAGGCCAAGCUCAUCGACUUCCUACAGGCUAAAGUAGAGGAAGCAGGUCGCAAGAAGUGUUCACUGAGCAACAAGUUGUUCGGCCGGUCGGGACGCAGGCCGGCAGCCUCGCCGCCGCUGCGGAGAGCUAACAGAGAAUUACGUGAAGAAGUAGAAAGGUUGCGCGCUAAACUGGCAGCUUGCAAUUCUGGCGGUGGCGGGGGUGGGGAUGCCAGUUAUCCCUCAACGCCUAAGCGAGAGAAACCAAAGCCUGUAGUUAAUGGGGCGAAGAAAAGUAUUGACUCACCCGAUGGAUCUCAAGACAAAGGAUUGCUGAUUGUAUGGUCGGACGGCAGUCGCGAGCGCAUGCGUGCGCGCGUGGUGGAGGACUGGCUCGUACUGUGCAGCGGUAGCAGGGAGCUGCGCGGGAAGCUGCUCACUGCCGAGCCCAAGAACCUGCCGCACAACGAGGCCAACAGGGCGUUUGUGGUGAAGUUGGAGUGUAUGGAGCGCGGCAGCGUGGCGGUGGUGUGCGGCAGCCUGGCGGAGCGCGGCGCGUGGCUGGCGCGCCUGCAGGCCGCCGCGCCCGCCGCGCGCGGGUACGUCCCCUUACAUCUCGCCGCGCUGCACGCCGCGCCGCACGCCGCGCUCUACGUCGCGCCCAACGCCGUCGCCAUUGGUUGCGAGGACGGACUGUACUCGCUGCGCGGCGCAGUGCGGAUAGAAGUAGGCGGGACGCUGGCGAGCGGGCGCGGGUCCGGCGUGAUGGCGGCGGGCGUGGGCGGCGUGCUGGCGGCGGGCGGGCGCGCGCUGCUGGCGCGGGGCGGCGUGCUGCUGCAGGCGGGGCUGCUGGCGCUGGGCUCGGCGCUGCGCCGCGCGCCCGACCUGCGCGCCGCGCUGCCCGCCACGCCCGUGCCGCUGCCAGACUCCGCGCCGCCGCAUCUACUCAAGGGCAUCAACAACGACUCCAUCGAGGGUCCGUGCGCGGCGGUGGCGUGCGGGCGGCGCGUGUUCCUGCUGCGGUACGAGGCGGCGUCCUCCGAGUUCAAGAUCGCGCGCUCCCUCACUGUGGACCGGCCGGCCAACUCCUUGCUGCUCACUGCCAAGACUCUAUACAUCGCGGGAGAGAAGCCGCUCAAACUGAACCUACCGUCCGGCGCCCUGGAGGCGUUCGGUAUGGACGAACCCACUAUCGCCGCUGCUGCUAAGAAACACUCUCCACCGAAAGCUUUCUUACUUAUCAAGGAGAAACCUACUGAGAUCCUCCUCUGCUAUGCAGAGUGUGGAGUGUUUGUCGACGAAAAUGGAAAGCGAACUCGGAACGAGGAUCCCAAGUGGAGCACAGCCGUGUACAGCUGGGAGUUCGUGAACCCCUUCCUGUAUGUGAUAGGAGACGACAAAGUGACUAUAGUGUACUUGAACGACGACGCGUACAGGACGCCGCCCUGCACCUGUGAUACUGCCUCCCUUGCCUCGACGGCGUCCGACUGUUACUUGCCUGAAAUAUUCACAUUGAAGCUUAAGGAGCCCAUGUUGCUGGGCACUGCACCCAAUGGUAUCAUAAUACGCUCCAAAACAGACAACGGGUACAAUGUAUCCAUUAUAGAGGGCAUGACGGCAUUCAGGAGCGUCGGCGCGUCCGUGGAGUCCCUCGCCAGUAUAUCGGACACGCGCGGCUCCACCACGGACCUGGCGCAGUCGCUGACGGACGGCGCGCUGCAGGACGUGUCGCAAGAGAGCGUCGAGGUCACCACGGGCUUCCUCGCGGACAUCAGGAAACGAGCGAGGCAACUGCGGAACAAGCAUCGCAAGGAACAGACACCCGAUGACGUCAUCAAAGAGAUAUUGACAACGGAGGUCGAUCUGAAACGUACAACGAACGGAAGGAAAUCUCCCGCCACUAUAUCAGAGUUUGACUCUGACACAGAAUCAGAAAACAGCGAGGCGAAGUCGGAUUCCCCGAAAGGGCCGGCGGACUUGUGCGCUGAAAUGUUCACGAGACAAGUACGGUUCCAGUCAUAACUAUGUUGCCAGUCUGCUGACUUCAGAGAGUAGUGAGUCUGAUUAUACAGUCGUGUAUUAGCUAUAUAAUAUGUUACAUGUAUGAUACAGAGGACAUUUCUAGUACCUGAGUGAUAGGACGUUCCAGUGCAGGGGAGUAGUCAGAUUAGUAGAUCUAAUGUUUGUAUUUUUAAUAGUAUUUCGUAUUGUUAGGCGUUAUAAGUUUGAUAGGUAAUAUUAUUUAUACCAUGCCUUAGCAGCUUAGUUUUACUUUGGAGCGAUAACCGUAUUAGCAUAUUAGUGAUGUCGUACUAAUAGUAUGUACAUUUUAUUUAUUACGUAAUUUAAAUUGAUUUUGUAUAUUCAGGUAUACAGGGUGCUGAUUCUCUUGUACACCAACUAAUCUAUAACUCUCUUUACCGAUUAUGACUCGAGUCACUGCUAGAAUGUAAGUUAUCUUUAUAUUCUACUUAUUAUGUACUUAUGACAUUUCUAGAUUUAAAAACUUAUAUCUCAGUCGUGAGCAACAUUUACAUUGUUGAUGUACUAUUCAGAGGACUUGUAGUAGAGAACGAGACGGCGUUUGGCGCUCUGGUUGGUUCAUAGGAGCUGGUCAAUCAGAGCGCCGAACGCGGUCUCGUUUCGAUCUCGUUCACCGUAAAACAAACUCGUACUAAGGGUACUGUAAUAGUGUUAGUAAGCUGACGGUAACAACUGAAAUAAAAAUCCAUACGUAGUUGAAGUACUAGAGUAUCAGCUCCGUCAGGUGGUUGUUGUAAUUGAAUGUCGAAGUUUUGUAUGGUUUUAUAAUAAGUAUGGAAAUGUAUUUUACGAUAACUACUGGAUUGUCUACUUAUUUUUACUGUGAUUUUAUAAACUGACUUGAUUUCUGUUUAGAAUAGUUUUAAUGUAAGUGAUCUUUGUUUACGUUCUUUGACAUGUUAAAAUAUAUAUUUUUGUAAUGUA